AUGACGCCUGUUGCACCCGAGAGAUGGUCACGUCGGCACCAACUGCGCACCUGGGGACAACGCAUCACUCAGAGUCUCUAUAUGGAUCAAAAACCACCCACUCCCAAGAGAGCUACGCAUCAUGCACCAGCUGAUCUUACUCCCUACUACACGCUCAACCCAGAAUCUGUGGGAAGCAAGAGGUUGCGCACUGUCAAGACGAACGCCGAGAAAUUGGCCGACGACUUGAUCAAGGACAACAAGUUCGGACAGCUUAUCGAGAUUUUGAUUGAAGCCCAGCUCGAGGGACACAAGCUCCAGCACAACUCUGCUAGUCCUGAAACACUUGCUGCUCUAAGCAUCCAAAGCUAA